AUGUAAUUAGAUUAUUAAAGAGUUCAAAGAAUUACAGAUAUAUACAAUUCAACGUUUCAACGUAAAUUGUAUUAUGAAUUUUAAUUUGCAUUUAUAGCCAUUACAACACUAUUAACAUUUGGAAUAACUAAAAUCACUUUGUUAGGCUCUAUUGCAAUAUUAAGAAAAUUAUUGAAAAAAUUAUGCAAAACUGAAUUCUUUUCAUCCAAUUAAAUGAUCUUUAAUAUGGUCUAUGGAAUAUACUGUUUAGAUGCAGUUUAUUUGUUUUUGACCAAUUUUAGAAUUGUCUCCCUGCCAUCAUAAGUUAUUAUGUGUUAUCAGUAAUGAUCCUUACAAUUAGGUUGGUAAUGUAUAUCUAUGUGGGUACCAAAAAUCAAAAAGAAAGGCAUUUUACAUUAGAGAAUUCAUUGAAAAAUAUAAUGUUUAGAGAAAUUGAAUUAGCCUACAUUUAUGCUUUAACCUAUCUAGAGUAAUCAACAUCAAUUAAUUAAAUUAUGCUUAUAUUAUGCUUCUUAAUAUAGUUAUUUAUAUUUUAAAUGACAAAUUUAAUUAAUCAAAGAGGGGAAUUACUUUAAUAAAGAGCAAAAGGUUUAAGUGUCUGGAUUAAAUUACCAUCUAAACCACCUGGUGAUUUUGUUAAUUGGAAUUAUACAUAAGAAAAAUAUCCUCCUAAUGUUACUGUCUAAUAUAAUAAUAAUUAUUAUAGGUUAUAGAACUUAUAUAACACAUCACCACCAGAAGAUAUUAAAGCUAUAUUUAUACAAUUAUUAUUUUACAACAUUUAAAGGACCAAACAAAGAUUGUCAAUUAUCUUGUUUAUAGUGUGUGUUUUGGCUGUCUUGAUUGACAUUGAUGCCUUAAUGUUCAAUCUAGAAAUACAAUACACAAUUAUUCCAGAUUCCAGAAAAUGA